AUGGCCGUCCACGUAACGAGUUUGCUUCUCAUCCUUAGCACCGUGUACUUUGUUUGGCCCCUUAAUUCGUUAUUUCUAUGGCACCCAUUUCUCAUGAUGCUGGGGCUUUGUGGCUUUGCGUUACAAGGCAUUAUAAUUUACAAUAACGACAGCUCAUUGGCACUUCACUUCCCUGGACGUCGAAAGUAUAAAUUCCAUUGGGUCCUGCACGUCCUGGGCUUGGUGACAAUGUUUGCCGGUUUCGGCGUUAUCUUCAAGGUCAAAAUCGACAACAACAAGAGUCACAUGACCACUUGGCAUAGCCGGCUCGGUUGCUUAUUCCUCCUCGGUGUUUUCUCCCAAGUGAUUUUUGGUUUUCUGCGAACAACCCCUUUCAUACGGUCUGUUUUUAAGCCCUACUCUUCGCGUCUGCUGCACGCUUGCCUCGGCGCAAUCUUUUUUACUCUUGGCUGUCUCACGUCCGGUUUGGGACUCUGCAGUGACUGGUUCCGUCAGAAAGCCCUUGUCGAUUCAAUCGAUGAUCACGGUGUGCGUCUGCUGGUCUUCUAUGUUCUACUGUUUUUCUUUUGCCUAUCGGCUUCGGUAACGCUGAAGCAGGUUUAUGACAAGUAUCUUGUAACAAACACUUCUGAAGUACUUUCGAAGAAGAACAAAAACGACAAAAAGAAGUAG